UUUUUUAAAACGCUAUAAAUAUUAUGGAUAAUGUGGGAAAUUUAAGAUUUCCACGAUAAUUGCGCGGAUUCUUCUCGCUGGCUGGUAUGGAGUCAUUGCUUCCCUCGGAAAUCGCACGAUUGGUUCUAGGGUACCUUGAAGAUCAAAAAUGCAACGAGGCUGCAAAGUCGUUUUUAGAGAUGUGUCCACACUUACAAGAAUGUCGUACGGUCGCUUCGAGCGGCCGGCGAUUCAGUACUCGUGUUCACGGCUUAGCCCUUGUAGAUAUUCUCGAGAAAUUUUCUACAGCCAGUACAAUGAUUCAAGAAAGAUUGAAUAAGGUCGCUGAUUCCGAGCAAAUUAAACACAACGGAGAUUUGUUGGAACAGCUGAAAUUUCUGAUGGAAGAAUCUCGAGGACAACGUUUUGUCGUAAACAUUAAUGUGCCUUCUCAAAAUAGUUCUCAUGUAUCCGGAGGGUCACCAAUUAUUUCCAGUAGUAUACGCAAAAGACAUCAUAGUGGCAGUGACCGUGAACGCUGUAAGCGAGGCACAAAGACGCUACCUAAGCCAAUUGAAAAGCAAUCCGAACCAGUUUCUACUCAGUACACUUGUGAUACGAUCGAAGCAACGCCCUUGGAAAGCUUGCCAGGAAAUUCAGGGAUGACUAGUCAAGAAAAGCAACUUGGAUUUCAGUCGGAAGGUGUAAUUCAAAAUUGUUGCUCUUCAACAGAAAAUGACAAUGUCGAUAAGUAUUCGGUGGCUACAAUGCCAACAACCACAGACGACACAGUAGGUGGAGUAACGGAAAUACAUAGUAAUGAUUCAACUGGACUUCAGAAUAAAGCGAAUGAACCAACAAAACAGGCUGGAAGGUGUAUUGCUACCAGCACAGAAGAAUUAUUAAAUUAUACUACCACGGAAGUUCAAACUACGCCUCCUUAUGAAGUCCCAGAAUCUGAAUCGGAAACGAAUGAUGAACCCAUCGAGAAUCUUAGUUUAUUAACAAAAGAGUUGUUAAAUCGAACCGAGCUGCAAGAGCGGAUUGCAGACAAUAUAAAUAAAGCAAUACUCCCCGUAGAGUCCUCCAAUAAAGAUGAAAGCCUUUCAGAGGCUACGGGAGGUGAGUUCAACACUUCUAUCAUGAAGGAAUUGAACAGUGCCAUUAAGUCGAUAGUUGCGGCAACUGAGACCGAUCCUGUAUUCGAACAAUUCCUCGAUGAAAUAAUUGGUCCAAACGGAGACACUGAUUCGAGUCCAGACGAAGACAUCGAUGGGAAGCAAAAUUCAGAAUGCUCUCCGGGGCAGAGAAUUAAUUACAGAAUACACGGAGAGCAGUCAGACGAGGCUGAAGCGGAAGCUCAAGUACAAAAAUCUGUACAACCACUGGCAACCAUAAGUGGAACAGGUACCUCUGAAAUACCAUUGAAGCAUAGGCUGCGUAGCUCAUCUCGACAACAAAAUGGUAAACCUGAGGAUGACGUGGAGAAACAAAAGGAAAAGGAACCGGAACACGAUGCCCUAGCUGUUCAGAAUGCUGCAGCAAUUUUGAGUAUUAUAAAUGCUAACUUCAACGAGGCUAAACCUGUAGAAGAUAAGACGAGUAUUGAACCACCGAAUGAUUUGGCAAAAGUACCUGAUGUGGUUCAAAUAGUAGACUCGCAGACUGUGAAUAAGGUGGAAGCACAAAAUGUCAGGUGUACGGAAGUUUUGAAACCGGUUAUUUCGUUGGAACCUAUUUUAGAAAAUCAGAAGGAAACCAUUGAAACAAGUAAGGAUUGUGUGGCACCUAAAAUAACUAGGAAAUAUCCUAUUAAAAAACAAAAGACUUCAAGAUCUAAGAGAGAACCUUCGACUACCAGAAAGGCAAAGUCCAACCCGAAACAGUUGAUCUCUGAAGAAGAAAUGAUGACAAUGCCUACAUUAAUUGUUUGCUCGAAGGAAGAGAUUAGUUCCAUUUUUAGUGUAAACUCUACUUAUCAAUCGAGAACAAUCGAAACUGGUUCUACCGUGUCGACAUCUCGCUUUAUACCAAUUGCUCCUAAAGGUACCUGCCCUCCGCCAGACACAAUUUAUCUGAAGACUAUGAACACUGUCCGGAGGAAAAAGGUAUCUCAGGGACCUGUGAAACCAGUACCUACGCAGGUGGAAAAAUUAAAUCUGGAGACGUUGCAAGAGUUAGUGAAGAAUAAUCAAACCAUUAUACCAGUGCCGAUACCAAGGAACGACCUGAUACCACAAAUCAAAAGUCAACCUCCAACUAAUAUAGGUAUCCAGGAACCAGUUGCUGGGACUUCUUCGAAUUCUACCGAGGGCGUUAAAAAUUGCCUCGAGUCAAUCACCCUUUAUGGUCAAGAGAAUAGUGACACUACGAUGCUCCAACCUGCGAACAUGCCUAUGAUCAAUCUCGAUGAGCCCAUCAGUCUUUCCGGGACAGGUUUCUCUCCGUUUCUGAAAUUUCACAACAGUAAUCCCAGCAUUCAGGAUCUGAAUCCUACUGUCCAAGAUUUGCCACAAGAGGCGGAUCACGAAUCGUUAUCUCAGAUCUUAACAGUCGAUGCAGACAAUCAGGUCGAAGCAGCAUCGACCAGCAACAAAGAUCCCACUACCAAGCGCACACCUAAAUCUCUGAUGAAAAGUCGAUCGAAGAAUCAUAGAUUGAGUCUGUCAACACCUCGAAGACGCAGUAGUCACGUAAGGGCGUUGGAUUUCAAUACGCCAUCGAAAAUCAGUUCAGUACGCAAGAUCAAUGAAAGUGCUCAGUUCUCUUCGAAGCCAUCGGCUCGCUCCAAAUCGGUGUGUCGAACAACUCUAUUCAAGUCUCCUCCGUUUUCAAAUACAAGUGUAAAUGCGCCGAAAGUAAAAACUCCCUUGAAAAUUUGUAGACCGUGUAAAGUGCCCAUUGCAACCCGAAGUCCAGCGCCGAAGCUCAUCGGUGGCUGGGAAAGGUACACCGGAGUUGGAAUGAUUUUGGGUAGUCCGCCUUCGCAGUCCCCGGAAAAGGUGCAAUCAUCGUCCGAAAAACCUCUGGCCCGUUGCUGGGACGCCGACCUGAGGAAGUCGAUAAUUCCACAGGAGGAAGAGAAACCUUUAAGAAAAUGCAAAGGCAAGAGAAAAAACGCGAGCAAGGUUAAGAAGAGCUCCGAUGAUGGACCUAAAAAUAUAGAAACCCCGAUGAAAGAUGGACCGAAGAAGAGUGUCGAGAUGGAGAGUCAAGUGUCGAGUGAAAAUAUGAAAAAGCCUUCCUUGGAGAAAGAAGAUACGGUGGAUUUACAGAAUUGUGAAAAGGAGAUUAAUAAAAUAGGCGAGAAGAAAGGUGUUAAUGUUUCAUCUGUUGAUAAGACGGUCGAUCCAUCGGUUAUUGUGGACUCGUGUCAAACUGGUGAUCCCAAGAUUAAGCAUAUUGACGAAAAGACAGAGAAGAAGGUGGUCAAAAAGUAUGCACAGUUGAAAACUUUGGCAACUAACAUAUCCAAGUCGGGUCAAAAGGAUACAGUGGAUUCGUUUAGUGUCGACAGUGGUGCGCUACAAGACUUGGUAAUUCCAAAAAUAACAUUGGAAGCCACUCAACAGAGUUUGCCAUUGCCUCACAUGAUGGAUCUAGAAACUCCCAGGAAAACAGAAAAUUCAUUGGGUAUUCCACCUACACCGAGAGUCAUCAGUCCCAGUAGCAAUACCAUCACUCCAUUUAUUAAGCUCGGUGAGGACUCCGUAAUGGUCUGCAAUUUCAUGAACACGCCGGAGUUCCCUCCAACACCUUCCAUAGCACUGACGCCGAAAGUAGGAGAGAACACCGCAGAUGUCAACGAGAAAGGAAACAUGUGUUCUUCCUAUUAUCAACCGCAGGAUGCUGACAAAGCGAAGGAAGAUCAGAGCGUAGUGCAGACUAAUUCACAGAAGGAAAGUACGAAGAAAUCGCAGAUCUCCACCACCUGGACAGAAGUAUGCGUAACAAAUCUCAAGAUUGACAGUGUCAACAAUGUUCGAACCGGUACAAUUAACAAGAAAUUAGAAAUCACUCAGUUUGAAGUGAUCAAAGAGAACUUGCCGAGGGAAGAGGCUGUGAAAGAACUAAAGAUCUCUCGAAGUUCCAAUAAUUCGAUGGAGAUUCAGUCUCAACCAGUGGACGAAACUCAACAAGUGGAAACGUCACCUACUGAAAAAUCAACAAAGGGGAAAAAUGAGUCCUCAGAAGCAAACAACAGUGAUGACAGUUUAUCCCACAGUGACAACGAAUCUAGUGACAGUAAUAGUGACAGUAGUUCAUCUUCCGACUCGAGUUCCUCUUCCUCCUCAUCUUCUACAAGUAGCUCCAGUAUAACGAGCCCCUCGACACCAUUUUCAUUAACAAAAAAAUCUGUGAACAAGAUCUACACAGAUACGAGCAAUGAUUCAGCUCAGAAAAUUACUUCGGAUGUAAAGAAUGUGGUGGUCGAUGAAGGUGUGCCAGAAAACGUGCCUGAACCGUUUCCAGAGGAGCCAAAGAAAAUUCAAGAACAGAUUACAGCAGAUGUGUAUCAAACUCAGAACGAAGUGUCUCCUACAAAAGUAUUUAGUGUGACGGAGACCAAUGUACCUACCGAUGCUCCAGUAAAUGAAACACCAGCAAAGGAUGAAACUCUUCUGGCCGAAGCGGACAUAUCGGAAACACCCAGUGGGUCUAAGAGUGGCAUCGAGAACCUCACUAAUUUAUCUUCAAAGAUUUCUGCUUUCAUUAACUCGGAAGACGAGAAGACAUCGAAGCUCAGUCGUAUGCCCAGUAAAGUAGUGGGAAAAAAACCUGAGCUCCCUAAAGUAAUCAGUGUACAACGUGUAUUACCGGAAGUGACAAUUACUUUAAAACCAAAACCUGCAACCGAUCAUACUGGACUUGCACAUCCUGACACCGCUUCGGUUGAGCAAUCAAAAAUAACUAUGGACGCCAAACUCUGCAUGGAACUUGAAGAGAAACGUCAACGUCUAAUGGCUAAGUUUAAGUCAGAAGGAACUAAUGUGGCACCUACGAAGUCUCGUAUUAAACGAAUAACAUUGAUUGACAAAAAUAGAGAGAAGAAAAUAAAGGAGGUACGUAACGUGGAGAAAAGUAAUGCUAAGCAAUCCAAAGCAGAUGCCCUUCCUAAUCAUAAAUCUGUAAAGAAAUCUAAUAGUUCUGCCAAGCUUGCGGAAUAUGUCGAAACAAUAUCUGAAGCUCCAAUGAGUGACCAUGACAUAGACAAGAAAAGUGAAGACUUGGCAAUCGAUGUUACAAAGAAAAUGCAAGGAAAGCAGUCCAAGUUAACGCAGGAAAAUAUUACAAAUAGAGACAAUAAAGGAGAAAAAUCCAAGCACGACAGAGUGUUACAGAUUGUAAACUCUGAAGAUGCGAUGGAGAAGACACAGAGGGAGGUUAAGAAAGGGUCAAAAAAUUCAGUUACCAUAAGCACUUUGAAGGAUACAGCAGAGCUCGACCAUUCAAUGGCAGAAAAGAAGAAAAACGUAGAGAAUAAUCUGAAAACUGACGAGGGAGAGAAAAUUAAAAGUAAGAGUAAGAAUGUUAAAGGUGAAAAGGCCAAAGAUGUAGAUGUUAAAAGGCCAGUGAUAAAGGACAUGAAAAAGGCAAAGCUUUCGGAUGAAUAUCUCGUUGCACAUGAUAAAGAAGAUAAACCACUUUUAGAGCUGCAAGGCGAAGAAAAAACUUGGACCGCGAAGGAACACAUAAGUGACAAUGUGAAGAUUUCCUUGAAGUCUAAAGUGGAUCAGGUGAAGCGAGAUCUGUUUAGUGAUGAGGAAAAUGAACAAAGAACAACUCGAUCGAAGACUCGACAGAUAGAUGCUCAGAAGACAGAAGAUGCUGAGGCAGAAAAUAUUACUUCGACAGAUGUUGUACUCGAGGAGUGUUUAAAUAAUUCCAAUAAGGAGUUACCGUGUGUCUUGGAGUGCUUACACUUGGUUCCUACGAACAAAAGUGAAAACUAUGAAGAGGAUGCAGUGAGUGAUGUAGAGUCUGAACCGUCGAAUUCUGUCGAGUAUCACUUUGUCUACGACGAGUCAGCACCUGUCAAGAAAAGGAAACCAAAAUACAGCAGCACGGAUCUAGAAAUUGAGGUGACAGUUGUGGAUGACAACUUUAAGGCAUUAGUCAAGAUGCUAAAAGCCACCGCUUAUGAAGAAUUGUUCAACAUUUCCCCAAAACCCAGAAGAAGAAUUGUGGCAAAGAAAACAGUGGUCAAAAAACCUAUAAAAUCGAAGUGUGGAGUGGUUACUUUAAGCAAUUCUACAAAGCUGUACAAACGUGUAGAUAUUGUUCCACUAGCUACGUCGUCACCGGUGUUUAAGGAGAAGCAAGGAAUCGAUGACGGAGCUGGUAAAAUCCUCAUGAAAACUAAACCGCCAAUUGUCAGGCAUAAUGAUGUUAAGGAGAAGAAGUCAACCGAUCCCAGUAGCGAUCGAGAAAAAGAUGAAAUUAGCAAAAAACCUUGCAAGAGAAAAAUGUCUGAAACGACGGAUGCUGAACAGGCCGAAAAGAAAGUGCGAACGACGGAUCCAAAAGUACUAUUAAGUAACGUCGACCUGGACCGGUUUCUAACCUCUGUUCAUGGUCCGGCAUAACUUUGGCAAAAGUGUACCUUUCGACACUGUUAAAGGACACAAAUUCUGCAUGUGUAUAUAUAUUGUUUUCUAAUAGGGUAAGAUGCUGAGCAUUGUUUCAAUUUAUACAUAGCAUCGCUGUAAAGUAGUGAUUUUUUUAUCAGCAGAUUUUGUUGAACCUUCAGGAGAAUAUAGUAUUAUAGCGUUCUAUAGAGGAAAGAUUCUUAAGUCAUCAACCUUCUACAAAAAGCUUUCAUCCAUAAAAUUAACAAAGUGUGGCACCUUUACUUUCGAAACGAUUUCCAAAAAUUCUAAUUACUAAGUUUCAACUAAAAUUUGUGUACCGUUACCUUUGCUUGUCAGUAAGGGGUUAUUUUUCAUUCGUUUUAAUUGCAUAAAUUAUUGGAGAUUAUUUUUAAUACCUUCUAACUUGUUCAACAAGAUCACCAAGGUCUGUACAUAAACUUUACGACACAGGAAUCAUUGACAUUUGUGUACAGUGUAUACUGUAAGAAGCAAUAAUUACGUAUGAGAUCUUUAAAUGUACAGUUGCUCGAA